AUGUCAUCGGUCACAUUGCCCUUAAAUCCAGUAGAAUUAUGGCGACCAAAGGAUGCAUCAAAUACAGAAAUCGAAAAAUUUCGCGUUAAAGUUAAUAAUAAGUUUAAGCUCAAUUUAGAAACAUAUCAACAACUUUGGAAAUGGUCAACGGAUAAUAUUUCCGAUUUUUGGGCGACGGUUUGGGAUUAUACAAACAUUAUCCAUUCGGUUCCUUAUGAGCAGGUCAUUGGUUCUGAGCCAAUGGAUCGAAUACCGACAUGGUUUUCUGGUGCAAGAUUUAAUUUCGCCGAAAAUUUACUACAAUGUCAGGAUAAAAAUAAAGUUGCGAUUAUUUCGACUGGCGAAGGCAGGAACACAAAAAGAAUUACUUAUCGCGAACUUUACAGCCAAGUUAGUCGUGCUGCUGCAGUGAUGCGAUCGUCUGGAGUUAAAGCUGGAGACCGAAUUUGCGCGUACAUCUCAAAUAUCCCCGAAACAGUGGUAGCAAUGCUCGCGGCUUGUAGCAUUGGGGCAAUUUGGAGUAGUACAUCAACAGAUUUUGGGGUGACUGCAGUUCUUGAUCGUUUUAAACAACUCAAACCAAAAAUUUUAUUUUCUGUAAAUUCUGUUGUGUAUAAUGGAAAACGUCUUGAUCAUUUGAAAAAACUUCAAACGGUAGUUGAAAGUCUUAUACAAGAGGGUCUUGAAAAAGUUGUGGUCGUCCCUUUUGAUGAAAGUGAUGAAAAUUCGCUUGAUCUCUCUUCACUUCCACUAGCAACUUCAUGGAACGAGUUUAUAAGUAAACUUUCUAAUGAGGAAUUGGAGCUUAAAUUUGAACAAUUACCCUUUGAUCACCCGAUUUAUAUUCUUUUUUCAUCGGGUACCACCGGAAAACCAAAAUGUAUAGUUCACAGAGCAGGUUUAUUAAUUCAACAUAAGAAAGAACACAUCCUGCAUGGAAACAUGUCAGCAAAUGAUGUGUUCUUUUACUACACAACAACAGGUUGGAUGAUGUGGAACUGGUUAGUGUCUGGAUUAGCCAUUGGGUGUACCAUUGUUCUGUAUGAUGGUUCACCUUUUAAACCCAACCCAUCUGUAUUAUGGGAAUUGACUGAAAAAGAGAGGAUUACAAUAUUUGGAACAUCUGCCAAAUAUAUUCAGAGUCUCCAGGAUGUAAAAUACAUUCCCAAAGAAUGUCAUAAUUUAGAAUCGCUUCGGAUGAUAUUUUCAACUGGAUCGCCAUUAAGUUCAGAAAGUUUUGACUUCGUUUAUAACUCGAUUAAAAAGGAUGUGUUGCUGGGGUCGAUUACCGGUGGUACAGAUAUUUGUUCGUUAUUUUGCGGCCAUAAUGCAGCUCUUCCUGUAUAUAGAGGAGAGAUCCAAUGUAUAUCAUUAGGCAUGAAAGUUGAAGCAUGGGAUGGCAGAGAUAAUCCGGCCUUUGCUCGUCCCGCUGAUUUGGUGUGCACCAAACCGUUUCCAUGCAUGCCAGUAUAUUUUUAUAAUGAUCAAGGUAAUUCAAAGUAUCUUGGUACCUAUUUUUCACAUUAUCCGUCGGUCUGGUAUCAUGGAGAUUAUGUAUGGAUAAAUCCGAAUACGGGUGGUGUCGUAAUGUUGGGAAGAUCAGAUGCAACGCUGAACCCAUCGGGUAUUAGAUUUGGUAGUUCUGAAAUUUAUAAUGUUGUUGAUAGUUUCGAGGAAAUAAAAGAUAGUUUGGCUGUUGGGCAGAAGAUUGGUGAUGAUGAAAGAGUUGUGUUAUUCUUAAAGAUGGUCGAUGACUGCGAAUGUGGUGAAGAAUUGAUUUUAAGGAUAAAGAAACAAAUCAGAGAGCAAUUAAGUCCGAGACAUGUUCCAGCUUUUAUUUUACCCAUCGCGGACAUCCCGUACACGAUAAAUGGUAAGAAAAUCGAAACUAUCGUAAAACGUAUAAUUUCUGGGGAGACGGUCACUCCGUCUGAAACUAUC